CGUGAACCAAGAUACAGCUAGGAGCCUAAAGCACUUAGCUCCUUCUUUGUUUACACAGGCUUGCAAGGCAUGGCGAAGAGAAUUUUUGAGCUGGUCUGCGCCGCCGUCCUCCUCGUCGCUGGGGUCUUCUCCUCAGCGGCGGAGGACGAGAUGUCGGUGAAGGUGUUGUACGUGUUCGGGGACUCGCUCGUGGAUGUUGGCAACAACGACGACCUGCCAAAGGAGGCGCCCAAGGCGAAUUAUCCUUAUGGCAUGGACCUCCCCGGCAAGCCCACCGGUCGCUUCACCAACGGCUACAACCUCGCCGACAUCGUUGCACAACGCCUCGGGUUCGAGAUGAGCCCACAAGCUUACAGAUCCAUGUGGUGGUUCGAGCGGGAUGAUGUGAGACGGUGCAACAUCGGUGCCAACUAUGCAUCCGGUGGUUCAGGCAUCCUCGACACCACGGGUCAGGCAGACAAAGUACUAACGAUGCGGACACAAAUUCAGUAUUUCAAGAGAGACACUGACAAUAUGAAGUGCUACUACCCGGUCCAUAAGAAGAAUCACCUGGCGGAGUCCUUGUUCCUCUUGAGCGCCGGUGGCAACGACCUCUCGGCCUUCAACGGGUCCAUGGGUGAUGCCCCUACCUACGUUGAAAAGAUGGCCACCACCUACGUCGAACACAUCCAGGCGCUCUACAACCUGGGGGCGCGGAUGGUGGGGAUCCUUGACAUGCCACCGGUCGGGUGCACGCCGGGAAUAAGAGCCAACAUGUCCAAUGGGGAGUGCAACGAGGGUGUAAACUCUCUGGCAAAAGGGUUCAAUAACCUCCUUAGGGUCAACCUCGCCAAAGCCACCGUGACCAACAUGAAGGGCCUCAAAUACUCCAUCGCCAGCAACUACAACAUCCUCACUGACAUGAUCGAAAACCCGUUCAUCGCUGGGUUCAAGGAGGUGCAGAAGGCGUGCUGCGGGGGCGGGAGGUUCAAGGCGGAGAGGAUGUGCAGCCACGCUGACACGACGGCGUGCACCGACAACCACGAUGACUACUUAUUCUGGGACAUGCUCCACGGCACGCAGGCCACCUACGAGCGCGGCGUCGUGGCCUUCUUCUACGGCGACACUCCCAAGUACGCCGAGCCGAUCAACUUCAGCACCUUGGUGAAGAAGAAAGUGUCAGUGGUUGCACCCAAGAUUCAGAUGGUCGCGGAUGAGUGAUUAAAUCAAGACAUGCACGGUGCAAGCAUGCAUGCAUAUAUAUAUUUGUCUACGUGGAGAAUAAUUGUGCACUUUGAAAUAAACAUUGGAGGCUAGCUGGCUGCUAAUUCCCACUAUGCAUGCCAGCUGAUCCCACUAUGUAUGAAGGACCUUGUAUUUUAUUGAAUUAAUGUCUGUCAAUUGUGAUGUCAUGUGGAAUAAAAACUUUCAAGAGCAUGU